AUGAGAAGUGUGGCAGUCGGUCUCGUUCUUCUGCUCGUCGGCCUCGCCAACUCGCAGAUCCUUCAGCCGUACUCGCUCGACAGCCAGUACAUUCAGCUGAUGAGCGUCGCCGAAAAACCACAGAACUUGGCCAUUUCUUCGUGUCUGGACAUCCAGUUCAACUACUGUCAGGUACCUUUUCAUCCUUCUUUCUCUGCUCAAAUGGAUCUUCUUUCUUCUUUCAGCACACUUUCAAUCAGUUCUUCGGAAUGGACGAUUCGAUCACUUGGCGCAACGGAACGUACAUCUACAAUACCGUUCAGCAGUACCUCAUGAUGAACGUCACUGAACUUAUCAAGGUUUGCAAGUGAGUCUUUCCGUUUUCUUUGAACACAUUCAAAUGGACAUCUGUUUCAUUUCCCCUUCCAGCACGCGCACCCAGUUCUACCAGUGCCUCGGAACUUCUUACUACUCGUGCAUUAACCUCUACACCCUUCUCAACAAGCCCAAUCCAGACUUUUCCAAUAGUAAGCGAGUUGAAAAGCGGGGAAAAGUGUUUAAAAAAACGGUUUCAGCCUUCGACUACGUGCGAACUUUCCGUGGACUCGAGGGAAUGUGCGUCGGAGGAUUCCCGGGUAACUUGGGCAUAAAUAGAAGGGCAGGGGAGAUAUCAAAAAGUGGUCAUUUGAUAGAAUGUACAAAAUGUUUUAUUGUGCAUUUUAUUUUUUCAGUUGACUAUUAUUCGAUAUUUUCACCGGCAGCUGUUAGAAAUUAUAAGCACUUAGGAUGUUUUCAGAAGUGGUUGCCCAGUGGAAUUGCCUUGGAACCUUCCCGACCACUAACGCCUACAAUAAUUGCAUCCAGAACUUCAAUCAGACCGUUUCUGCCAACAAUUUCUGCCCGUAAGGCUUUCAAUCCGGGGAGCAAAAGAAUCUUUUGGUUUUUCAGAGCCGUCGACGCGACUGGACAGUGUCUGAAUGACGCCUACAAUGCUGCUUGCGGAGAUGUUGGGGUGAAUAUCGUGCAUUUCCGAGUGCCCCCCCAGAAAAGUGUCUUUCAGGCCGGCUACUUCGGAUGCGAAAUGUUCCGCAUCACUUUCGACAACUCGUGCUGGGGACUGCGUUGUCCAGUGAGCAACUGAGAAGAACUACUCCUCGAUUCUCUGUCAAUUCUGUUCUCUUCUAAAUAUUUUAAAUGAAUAAAUCCGAUUACCUGUUGUCAUAUUCUUAUCACUGAAAGUACGAAAGUUCGAGACGCAGAGACACUUCAAUAAUCUCAUUUUCUCCUCCUUCUUCUUCUCCUUCUCGCCUAAUUUCUCCAGUUUUUUCCAUAAAUUCCCAAUUACAGACGAUGUUCUCUAAAAAUAUUUUCAUUCUAGUUGUUCUGUGUGAGUUGGAAGCUUCAGAUCCGCAGACACUAAACGUUCGCUUUUCCAGGUGUUUCUCUGGCAAAUGCCACGUGUGACACCGACAAAUUCAUCGUCUGUCAGGACACUUUUUCGAGCAGUUUGGGAAUCGAUAAGGUCUACAACUGGUAAGGACCAAAGGGAGUAUAAGCACAAAGAGGAUGGUUUAGGCUGAACCCGCUGGGACUGACUCUUCAGAUUCAGGACAUCUACAUCACCGGAGGAACUGCCGGAUUGAGGGGUCUGAACGCAGUUUGCAAGUGAUCCAAGUCCAAACUCUUUUCUCUUUUGAUAUUUUCCCAUUCUCAGUGCCUACAAUUCGAUGGUUCAAUGCUUGGCGGACGCCUCCACCUCCACCUUCGAAUGCUUCGAUAUCGGAUACCUUCUGACGCACUCCUCGGCUCCGAAUCAAGCCUAUUCGUACGGAUUUCUGAUGAGCAUGCUGCAGUAUCAGUGCGGGGCCGGAUUCUAUCGUGAGUCAGCCAACGAGAACUUCGAGAAUCUUCUUUUCAGUGGCUUCUGAUAACUGGCCGUGCAUGCAGAGAAUCUACGCGGGAAAGAACGCGACGAUGUACGGGUGCAUCACCGAUUUCGUGCUCAAUGCUCAGGAAGACCCCAAAAGAGUCCGUCUUUCUCUUUUUCUUAUGAAUUGUCUUUGCCUUCAGGGAUGCAACUACGUUCAAACUGGAAUGGAUUGCUUCGCGAAAGCUGCGACCUUGCAGGGAUGUCCGGAUGAGCUCAAGUACUACGGAUGCGAGUCGUUCCGUCAAUACUCGCUUCCGCAGUUCUCCCGAUGCUACAAGCAGUGCCCGAUCGACACUCAGUUCCGCGUCUAA